AUGAGCAGGUUUGGCACACCACAUACCCUAGUCACAGACAACGGGAAACAGUUUGAUUGCGCCAAGUUCAGGGAAUACUGCGCUGAACUGGGGAUCAACCUGAAGUUCACUUCCGUGGCACAUCCACAGACCAAUGGCCUCACCGAAGUCACCAAUUGCACUAUCCUAUCUGGAAUCAAUAAGAGACUUGGAGAUUUGAAAGGGAGAUGGGUAGACGAGUUGUACCACGUAAUAUGGGCUUAUAGAACAACUCCUAGAAGGGCCACAGGAGAAACAUCCUUCCGGCUCACUUACGGAACAGAGGCUGUCCUUCCCGUAGAAAUGGGAAUGCCCACACUCAGGGUACAAAUCAUAGACGAAGAGCGCAACGAAGAAGCAAUGAAGCUGUGCCUAGACCUGUUAGAAGAGAGAAGGCACCAAGCAUCCAUACACGCAGAGGCCUACCGCAGACAAAUGACUAAGUAUCAUAAUGCUGGAGUCAAGGAACGAAGCUUUUCAGAAGGUGACUUAGUCCUUAAAAAAGCUGAAAUAGGGAAAGGAGCUGCAGGAGUGGGAAAACUCGAGCCCAACUGGGACGGUCCUUACCGAGUCACUGAAGUUGUAGGGAAAGGAGCAUAUAGAAUAGCUCAUCUAGAAGGCACACCAUUGCCUAGAACCUGGAAUAUCGAGAAUUUGAAGAAAUAUUUCCAGUGA